AGACCCUUAAAGAAGAGCUUAUUCGGUUGGCUCUUACGGGCGGAAGGGGCGGUGCAGCCUGCGGCAGAUAGCGAGCCGGGGCGGGCUGCUAGAGGGGAUCAAUGGCGGCGCGCUGGGUCGGUCCGCGCUUUUCGCUGUGACUUGUUGGUGGCUUCGGACAGGCUGUUCCAUAAUGGAUGGGGCAGAUGGUACUGCUGACCUUGUGAUUAACAAGAGGUUUGUGUCUGAAUCGGAGCUAGAAGAGCGACGGAAGAGGAGGCAAGAGGAAUGGGAAAAGGUCCGAAAACCUGGGGAUCCAGAAGAAUGCCCAGAGGAGGCAUACGACCCACGUUCCUUGUAUGAAAGACUUCAGGAACAAAGAGAAAAAAAGCAGCAGGAGUUUGAGGAGCAGUUUAAAUUCAAAAAUAUGGUAAGAGGCUUAGAUGAAGAUGAGACGCAUUUCCUUGAUGAGGUGUCUCGGCAGCAAGAGCUACUAGAAAAGCAACGAAGAGAAGAAGAGCUGAAAGAACUAAACGAAUACAGAAUAUCUCUCACCAAAGUGGGAGUCGGUAUGGACCCAAAGAAGGAAACUGAGAAGAAGUUGCCCAUGAAGUCAGUGGAAAACAAGAACAAAUUCUCUCAGGCAAAGCUGCUGGCAGGAGCUGUGAAACACAGAAGUUCAGAUGGUGAUAACAGUGUGAAGAGAUUGAAACUAGAUACUGAUCAUGAUGAAAAGAAUCAAGGUACUUCUCUUUCAGAAAAACCAUCCUGUGUUCCCCUGGGGAGCAGCUCAGUGGGAGGCUCCACAGUCCACUGUCCUUCAGCAGCUGUGUGCAUUGGGAUCCUACCUGGCCUGGGCGCCUACUCAGGCAGCAGUGACUCCGAGUCCAGCUCAGAUAGUGAAGGCACCAUUAAUUCCACUGGGAAGAUCGUUUCUUCUGUCUUCCGUAGCAACAAUUUCUUUGAUGGUCCAUAAUGAAAUCCUUCCGUGUGUAAUGUAGUGCAGUGUAUCUUCCAAAGCCCUGAUGGAUGCUUGAUGCAUCCUUCUGCCCCAAAUAUAAUCUUUAUAGCUAACCUCUCAACUUUAAUACACUCAGCUACUCCUGAAGUAACUCAUAAUAUUUCACCACCACCACCACCUUUCCAUUUCUGGGGUGCAUACUGAGCCUGUAAGAAGGGCUGCAAUCCUAAACCUAGUAACUUAGUGAAGGUCUGCGGGUAGGGAGGAGAAAGCCUUAUCUUUAAAAUUUUCACAAAAAGAAUUGAGUUCUGGUGAUCUAAGAAGUUUACACAAGACUAACAGGCAAAAAAUACUCACUUGAAGCAAUGAAGUCUUGUAGAAAGAGCCAUGUGUUCUGCUUUAAAAUGCCGGUUUUGUUCUGUAUUUGAGAAAUGGGGGAAGAACAAAAUUCAAGCAGAUGGUGAAGUGUAGAUUGCCAUGACACUGUAAAGAAGUUUGUGUUACAUGAUUAAAGAUAUUCUGAAUGCA